AUGCUGACGAUUCCACACUCCAAGAACAACGGAUUCCCAGGAAGCUAUGCCUUGGAUCGUCAAGCCUACUACACCACAGCUUCCUGGUGGCUGGACCGUGCCUUCUUUGGCUCCCCCACGGUGACACCCUGGAUGCGCCCGGGGCAUUUCAACUACGUCGACGCUCAGAACCUCUACGAGGACCGAGCCCAGACCUUCCACCCCUGCGGCUGCUACAACCCACAUGGCGUCGAAUUCUGUGCAGGUGUCCAGCUGGCCGAGGGCUUUGGGGAAACCACCAUGGGCGGUGCAGAGCCCAGCGGUCCGAAAGUCACGCCACCGCAGUGGCUCGUGGGGACGGAACAGGAGACGGCCUUCAACCUGUAUGCCAACCAUGGCGGAGGCUAUGUCUACAUGCUGUGCAAGCGCGACAGCUUCCUUCAAUGUCGCCAGGAUCAUUUGGCAGAUCCCAUCCGAGGCUCGAGCCAGGAGCAGGUUGAUGCCUAUCUGAAAUGCAUUUGGGACUGCUUCGAAGCCAACGUUCUGGACUUUGCGGACACUCAGUGGCUGGAGUAUCAAGCGCAGAGGGACCUGAAUGUGACGAUGAAGAUCACCAGCAAGAGUGGCGACACAGAGCCGGCAGGCUCCACCUGGCGGUGGAUCCCCAUCCCCGACACGGCGCAGAUCUCGGGAGGUGGCGAAGGCUUGUGCUCCUGGGACGCCGUGCAAAGCUUCGGCGACGCUCAGGUGGAGCAGCUCUUUGCGGAGGACUUCGGUCCAAAGUCUGUCUGCGACGCGGGGCCCAAGGUGCACAACCCCAACAACUGGGAGGUCCAUGACAAGGUGCUGGUGCCCAACAACCUUCCCCCAGGUGAGUAUCUCCUCAGUUGGCGUUGGGAUUGUUACAUGGCAGAUCAGAUUUGGUCCAACUGCGCGGACGUGGAGAUCGUGGACCCUAAUGCCCCCACCACUACCACGAGCACCACAACAACGAGCAGUCGCACAGGCGGCACCACCACUGGCGGUGGAACUGGAUGUGUCGAUGAGCCGCUGCCCGCCCAGUGGAGCCAACAAGGACGUUUUGACUGUACGUAUUUUGAAGAGAGAGGUGCUGCCUACAGCCAGCCCAAAGCCUAUUGUGCCCACAAUGCCAUCAGCACCGCGUGCUGCUUCUGUGGUGGCGGCGUUUCUGCCGUGCAGACCGCUGUGCAGACCGUGCGGAAGCCGCGAAAGCGCUCGCUGAGGGCCUCAUUGGCGCUCAUCCAGAGUACGAAGAACGUCACUCGUUUAAACUCCGAGCUAUGA